GUGUGAAACGUCAAACCCCAUAUAAAUCCCGGACCCCUUCCAUCGCGAGCCGAACUCAACUUCCUCCGCCCCUUCGACUUCGAUUCCGUAUCCCCUCCGUGCCAAGUCCCACACAGCGCUAGGUUGCCGGAUCGAAGUCGCAGCAGCUAUGGAAGGUGGUGGCGGCGGCGGCGAGUCGCCGAACGGAGUGGUGAUCGAUCCUGUGGGCCUAAGAGGUGAGGACUACGAUUUUGACGCUGAACUCAAUGACGUCGUGUGCGCCCUGUGCGGCGAUGGCGGCGACUUGCUGUGCUGUGAGGGUCCAUGUUUGAGGUCGUUCCAUGCGACCAGAGCUUCGGGUCAUCCAUCUGGCUGCAGGUCACUAGGCUUCACUGAAGCACAAGUAGAGGCUAUGCAGAAUUUUAUCUGUCAUAGCUGCAGAAACAGGCAACAUCGAUGUGCCAGCUGCGGGAUAAGGGGAUCUUCUGGUGUUGGCAACCACCCUCAGGUGUUUCGUUGUAACCACGAAACAUGCGGGCGCUUCUACCACGCUUCAUGCAUUAGCGCGGAGCUUCACCCCGGUGAUCCUGCAGAGGCUGGCCGAUGCAGAGUUCGGGUUGCUGCCGGUCGACCAUUUUGGUGCCGAAGACCACAUCGACCGCGCAUGGGCGGUAUUUUCUACUGAGAAUCGGUAUUAAGCUCAGGAAUGGAAGUAUAACCUCCAAAAUAGGAUAGUUCUGGUCAUGUCGCCAUUGCUUAAAACCUCUUUAUUGGGCUCGCGUUAACUCUUUUGCAUUGCAUGGAUGUGAGACUAGUGUUGAAGUCGCUAUUUCGUUUGAGCAAAAAUAUAGUGACUUGCUGAUGUGGAUACUAUAGUUGUAUGUGUUAGUGGAUUUUUAUUGUAUGUGAUAAUGGGUUGCUUAGUUGGAUAACUUACAUGUUGAGAGAAA